CCCCCGGUUGAGGAAGUGAAUUCGCUGACAGGGCUGGGUUCCGCAAGGGAGCUGAAGAGAAAUAACAUCGGGAGGGGCAAAAAUAAUAACUAAAUAAUACACCGAGUCGAGCGAGCACAAUAAUUCGACAGCUGCGAGACACCAGUGAACGUUUAUUUCCCUUGUGAGAUCAUCAUCGAGAGCCGCAGACAUGAAUGACCAGCAGCUCGACUGUGCCCUGGACCUGAUGAGGCGCUUGCCUCCCCAGCAGAUCGAGAAGAAUCUCAGCGACCUCAUCGACCUGGUACCCAGCCUGUGUGAGGACCUGCUCUCCUCUGUGGACCAGCCCCUGAAGAUUGCCAGAGACAGGGUGGUGGGAAAGGACUACUUGCUCUGUGACUAUAAUCGCGAUGGUGACUCCUACAGAUCCCCCUGGAGUAAUAAGUAUGAGCCCCCCAUUGAUGAUGGGGCCAUGCCCUCUGCACGACUGCGCAAGCUGGAGGUGGAAGCAAACAAUGCCUUCGACCAGUACAGAGACCUGUACUUUGAGGGGGGCGUCUCCUCGGUGUACCUCUGGGACCUGGACCAUGGAUUUGCCGGGGUCAUCCUCAUCAAGAAGGCCGGAGACGGCUCCAAGAAAAUCAAGGGAUGCUGGGACUCCAUCCAUGUGGUGGAGGUGCAGGAGAAGUCUAGUGGACGCACGGCCCACUACAAGCUGACCUCCACUGUGAUGCUGUGGUUGCAGACGACCAAGACCGGCUCCGGCACCAUGAACCUGGGGGGCAGUCUGACCAGACAAAUGGAGAAAGACGAGACGGUCAGCGAGUCCUCCCCCCACAUCGCCAACAUCGGACGCCUAGUGGAGGACAUGGAGAAUAAGAUCCGCUCCACUCUGAACGAGAUCUACUUUGGCAAGACCAAGGACAUCGUCAACGGCCUAAGGAGUGUCCAGACCCUGGCGGAUAAGUCCAAGCAAGAGUCCCUGAGGAAUGACCUUAUGGAGGCGCUCAAACGCAAGCAGCAAAGUUAGACAUGCUGUAGUCCUCUCUCUCUGUCUCUCUCUCUCUCUCUCUCUCUCUCUCUCUCUCUCUCUCUCUCUCUCUCUAGCUCUCUCUCUCCAUCUCCGUCUUUCUCUCCCUGUCUCUCUCUUACACAAAAUCUCCUCACCUCACUCUUGCUACACCUUCUUUUUUCUGUUUGUUUUUGUUUUGAUUUUGUUUUUGUUUUUGUUUGUUUUUUUUGUUUGUUUUCUUGUCCGUCUCUGUUGGUCCCUCUCACCACCUGUCUCAGUGCUGCACUCUUGGAAAAGGAAAAAAGGAGAAAACGCUUAGCUUUGUAUUUUUUUUCUUUCUUAUUUGUGUUUUUCUUUGUUGAGGCAUCAUCAUUCUCAUUGAAGCCAUUCACCACUCUCUCGUUUCUCUCCAUCUUUGUUUCUCUCUCUUUCUCUCUCUCUUUCUCUGAUGUUAAGUUUAAUAAUAUUCUGAUAGUAUUAUGACGGUUAAUGAACACAUUGCAGAAUGAGAGUGGCUUGUGCACUCCCUUCAGCUCUCUUGCUCACACACACACACACACACAUACAUACAGACACGCAGACACACAGCGACAGAUACAUGCAGACACACACACGUGUGUAUGUGUGCGUGUGUGACUAGCCUUACCUCUGUAGCAUCACUAAGGCCCACAGAUUUAGGACCCCUACACCUUGAGAGGACGAUCCUGGUAACAACUUUGCCGAUCUUAGCCGAAUUCCACACAUGCCUCCCAACAUCAGAUGGAAACGUUUUUUUGUUGUUUUUUUUUUGUUUUUUCACUGGUAUAAUUUCUGAUAAAGCCCCAACCUCCUAUAUCUGUAUGAAAUAUAACUGUUGCUCCUAAAGAAAGAUGUACUGUAACAAAGGUUAUUAAGAGGGU